AUGGCCGACAUUUUCGACUUAGUGGAGAAGGAGCUCGAGGAAAGAGAGGAGGAGGAUCUUAUGGACUUCAUCUCCGAUGGCGAAGGAGAGGACAUCGACACCCUCGAGGAGCCGCUGCGGCUUGAUGAUAGCUUCCCCAGCACAGUGGUAGUCUCCGGCAUUCCGCAAGUGCCGAAGGAGAAGUUCGACAAGCUCUUAGGUGUGAUCUCGAAGCUGUUCAACAAGUACGGCGAGAACGAGAAAGAGAUGCCCUUCAACGCGGCAGGCACCAUGACCGAGGGCUGCGUGCUCAUCACCUAUGAGACCCCCGAGGCAGCCACACAGGCGCAGCAGGCCCUGGAUGGCAUGAGCUUAGACAAGAAGCACACCUUCAAGGUCGUGAAGUUUGACCAGUUCAACGAGAUUACGAACCGAGACGAGGACUUCAAGCCGAGGCGUACCCUCGCCAGCUACUCUCGGAACGACUUCCGGUCCUGGCUUACAGAUACCAAGUGCCGGGAGCAGUUCCUGCUGCGCUACCAGACAGAGACCGAGAUCUAUUGGCACGACACUACCAUAGGCGAGCCGACUCUCUGCUAUGGCGGCGAGCGAGAAAAGCGAACCGGCAAGAUUUGGUGCGACUGGCAGGUGCAGUGGUCCCCGCUGGGCCACUUCCUGACGACGUUCCACAAGCAGGGUGUGGCUCUCUGGGGCGGCCCAGAGUUCACCAAGAAAAUCCGCUUCGCGCACGACGGCGUGAAGUACUUGGAGUUCUCGCCCACGGAGGAGUAUGCCCUGACAUGGAACGGCACUUCAGCGCUCGAGAACGAUGCGCAGGCCGUGCGCAUCCAUCGCGUCCUGACGGGCGAGUGUGUCUUCAACUGCCGUACCCCAGCAGUGGCACCGCUAGGCGGCGACUUCCCCCACUUCCUGUGGAGCCACGACGGCAAGUACUUUGCCGAGUGCAACGAAGCGUCGAUCUCUGUGCGCGAGACCGACACCUUCAACCUGAUCAAGGAUGAAGACGGGAAGAAGCGGACCUUGAAGUUCCCCGAGCUGAGCACCUUCCAAUGGUCCCCCAAGGACAAUCUGCUGAGCGUCUGGUGCCUGGAGAAGGAGAACAAUCCUGCUAGGUUGGUACUGGUGGAGAUCCCCUCGCGACGCGAGCUGGCGUCGCGGUCCCGAACGCAGGUCGAGGCUUCCAUGCAUUGGCAGUCCGAGGGCGACUACCUCUGCCUCAUCAACACCAAGCUUAGCAAGACCAAGAAGAAGGGCGCUACGAACCUGGAGAUCUUCCGCAUUCGGGAGAAGAACAUCCCCGUGGACAUCGUAGAGGUCAAAGACUCCGUUCGAGGUUUCCACUGGGAGACGAAGGGCCACCGCUUCUCCCUGCUAACCAGCGACGACUCCGGACACCACCCGAAGAUGUUCAUCUACGGCCUCAGCAAGGAGAAGUGCGAAGUGCUCAGCUUCUUCGAUCUGCCCUCCAACAGCUACAACAACUUCUUCUGGGCUCCCGAGGGGCAGUACUUCGUCUGCGCUGCCGUCGGCCACGGCGACCUGCUCUUCGGAGGGAUGACCAGCGACAACAAGCUCGAGAUCCUGCACAAGGAUGAGCACUUCAUGCUCACAGACGUGCAGUGGGAUCCGUCAUCCAGGUAUGUCAUCACAGCAGUGACGCAGCCCAUGCAGAACGAAAUCGGCGGCUUCAAGUACAGUAUGGAAGCCGGCUUUGCAAUCUGGACCUUCCAGGGCCGUGUUCUGCAUCGGCAGCAGAAGGAGAAGCUGUGGCAGAUUUCGUGGCGGCCGCACCCGCCCUGCCUCCUCUCGAGCUCCAAGCAGGCAAAUGUCCGAAAGAAUGUCAAGCAGUACUCCAAGAAAUACGACCAGCUGGAUGAUCAGGCCAAAGAGGCUGCACGCAACGCCUACCGCAACGAGCGGGAGGGCAAGAUGAACGCCUUCAGGGAAAUCCUCCAGCGGGUGGGAGAUAUCUACUUUGACAAGUCCGAGGAGAAUGGUUGGGCCGAUGCCUUGGAUGCAUUCAAUGCAUCAAAGGGCUGGUCCCCGCUACAGGAAGUGUCGCAGGAUGUCAUCGAGGUGGUUGAAGAGAAGGUGGGCUGA